AACUUUAACAACACCCGCCUCCUUCCUUCUCUUCUCCACCAGUUAGGGUUUACUACAUUAGCUAGCGGCAACAACAACACACACACACACAUUCAUUCCAUUUGCUGCUGCUGCAAUGGGUAAAUCAAAAAGCUCAAGGAAAGGAAAGAAAGCAUGGAGAUCGAACAUCAGCACACAAGACAUCGAAGAUUUCUACGACAAAUCCACCAAAGACGCCCUUUCUGGCGGCUCUCUCACCCAACUCCCUAGCGACUCUCUCUUCUUCCUCGACAAAUCCAGAGAUCUUUCUGUGAAGCGUAAAAUUGACAAAAGCAGAGAGAAGAUAUUGCGUGUUGAUAGCAUACUACAAAAGAAUUCUUUUGUGAAACCUGUGCCAUCAUCCAAUACUAAAAAGUGUAGGAAUUAUAAACAGAAAGAGCUUAAAGCUGAAGCAACUUCUUUCAAGAAAGAUGCUUCCACCAUGAUUGAUAUAUGGAAUGAUCAAGGUGAUCAUGCUGUAAAGAAAAGAAAGGUUUCGAAUAAGGCUAUUGUUAUUCCUGCUGUGGAAGUAGAGCCGCCUGGAUGCUCAUACAAUCCAACAUCUGAAAGUCAUCAGGAUUCAUUGGCUCAAGCUGUUGCAGAUGAAAUGCAGAAAGUUUAUACGAAAGAAUUGCGUCCAGCACCUGUUCCUUUAACUGUUGAAGGGGGAGUUGUAGAUGAGGAAGAUAGGUAUUUUCUAGAUGCGGAUAAUGAGAGUGAUGAUGAUGUUGAGGGGAAGGAUGCUGAUGAAAAUGAUGAUGCAGAUCUUGAGAAGAGGCCUUUAAAAACAAAGAGGGUAACAAGAGUACAGCUGAAUAAGAGGGCUAGAAACAAAGAAAAAUUGAAGAUGGAAGCAGAAGCCAAAAAGAUAAAAGACUUCUCUAAAGAUCUCGACAGCUUACCAAAUAUAAUUGAUGAGAUAGCCAGGGAGGAUGAAGAGAAAAAGAAACGACAUCUUCGUUGUGUUACCGCUAAACAAGAAAGACUAAAGUCAUGCCCACCACGUUUAGGAAGGCACAAAUUUGAGCCUGCGCCUGUUCAAGUGUUGCUAUCUGAAGAGAUUACCGGUUCUUUGAGGAAGUUGAAGGCAUGUUGUACCCUAGCUAGAGACCGAUACAAGAGCUUUGAGAAAAGAGGAAUAAUCGUCCCUACAGCUAAGAGUGGCAGGAAAUAGAAGUAUCUGCAUGAAUGGCUGGCAAUCAAGCGAAAUGAGAGAUGAAUAUGCCAGUCAAAGCGCUCGGUCCUUUUUGGCCAACCGGUUUUGUAUUCUAAUUUAUUUCUUUACUUGAAAAGCUAUGAAUGGUUUUCUUGUUUCUUAAUCCUCAAAAGCAAUGUAUCUUACACAGAAGACAAAAGGAUUUCCGUUUUUUUUGGGUUGAUUAAGAUUAGUUUUUAUUUUUGCCCUA